UUCCUUAUUUAUAUGAGAGCAACAAAACAAAACAGAGAAAGGGAAAGAGAGAAGGCUAAAAUCGGUAAAAAUGGCGACUCGAAGGAGAGAAAUUGCACCACCGGCAACCGGAACAUCAACCCUAACCCUAACCCUAGAAAACCAAUCAGAAUCUGCCACGUCAUCAUCAUCACAACAACAACCACCAAUCGAAACCCUAACAUUGAAACUGAAGCCAAAAAGGAGAGUAUCAUGGAAACCAGGAACUGUAGACAAUGAAUUCCUCAACAAGAAAAGUUCCAAGAAAUGUUGUAUUUUCCAUAAAGAAAAGCCUUUUGAUGAAGAUGAUAGCGAUGAUGAUGAAGAAAAUGAGACAUUAAAGAAGAGUAAUCAUCAUGGGGAUCAUUGUUGUUCUAAACAAGAUCAUGGAGAUGAAGCUAGUACCAGUUAUGUUGAAGAUCAUUGAUCUUGUGAACUUAUUCUUGUUAGCCCGUUUGUAUCUCAUUGCUUGUUUGCUGUAUUAAGCACCACAAAGAAGUUGAUGACUCUUUGGAGCCUGAAGCAUUGCUGUGGAGUUUGAUAAGAGAACUGUGUGCCCAAGAAUUUGAAUUUUAUGAUUCGCUAUUUUUAAUGUAAACAACCCACUAAAAGCACAUUCCCCGAUAAGAAUGGAAACAAGAAAAACAAAACUAGCAGAAAAUUCUGUGAGUCACAGGAGCAUUAAACCAGGUUCUUUGAAGGAUUUUGCAUUUUGCUUCCAGCUUGCCAGAACUUUUUUCAAUUUAACCUUCCCCACUUUUUCUGUAUAGAGUCGUAAGAAUUGCUGGUGUGAAUAUUCAUUACUUAUACACCUAUUCAAUAAUUGGUGCUAUUCUCACCAUUACUAA